AUGUUCUGCUUUGAAUCCGUCCGGAAAGCCCGUGACCUGGCACCAGAUGAAGAGAUUGCAGCUCCAGCGAUGGAGCCGCUCGGUCCUGUCGCCGUCGUCGAGAACCAUGUCGGGUGGUCAUUUGCAUUGGCAGAAGAAAUUACACCAUCCGCGGAACCCCAAAUUCUCGACACUUUCAAAAGAGCAGGUUUCCAAAAACCAUCGCCAAAAGUCUACGCAUUACAUUCUCGACUCGCUCUACCCAAGAAAUUUCCCCUCGAGACAUUAGCCCGAACGUUAAGAGAUGCAUCAUCAGAUCCUCACCCCAAAUUCAACAAUUCGUCUUUGGCUUUGCUCGGCCAUGAUCUCCUCGCUAGCUAUACCACCGAACAUAUCAUCUGUACCUAUCCUCGCCUUCCCAUGACUGUGCUUUACGCCGCAUUGUACGCAUACAUUGGUCCAAGGACGCUGGCAGCUAUAGCUGGAGAAUGGGGUGUCGAGUUGGCUGUUGCACCUGGGCCGGAGGUAGACCCGGGUCUUUUACAAUUUAAGAGGGUACAGCCAGGGACGGAGAUCGUACAAGAAGCAAGAAGGACCACAAAACCAAAUACACACUGGAGAAAGUCAAUCGCAUCAAGCGUUGUCCACGGUGAUAUAUUUGGCGACCCAGAUCUCAGAACCAAGAACCCGAAAUACGUUGAAUCUAAAAUCCCGGAUAUCAAGUCCAUUCCUGGCGUGACCGCCGAGAAAGCCACAUCAACAUUUGUGCAGGCGCUGGUGGGUGGUAUCUAUCUACAUGCCGGUCGUCCCGCAGCCAAGCGAUUCUUCCUGGAACAUAUUGUAUCUCGUCACCUCGAUAUGACCAAAUUAUUCUCUUUCACACAGCCUGCCCGCGAUUUGGCUACUCUAUGCCACCGUGAAAAUAUCGAACCCCCCGUUGCGAAAAUCAUCAGCGAAACCGGUCGACACAGCAGAAGUCCUGUUUUCAACGUCGGCGUGUUUUCCGGCAAGGACAAACUGGGUGAGGGAUCCGGAGCAAGUCUUGUUGAGGCCAGAACUCGAGCAGCAGUUGCAGCGCUCAAGGGUUGGUACCUCUAUAGCCCCUUGGAAGUCAGAGUACCUAGUUCCAUGGAAGAAGAAGGAGCUAAGCCAUGGAAGCCCGUAUACGUGGAUUAUGGAGAGAUCUUCGUCUAA